GAGCGCUGGUUCUGGCGGGUUCGUGGGGGUCGGGUGAUGUCGGGGUACCCCCUCCCCAUCGGGCACUUCUGGGCCGGGCUCCCCCCGGGCAUCGACGCCGCCUACGAGAGGGGGGACGGGAAAUUCGUCUUCUUCAAAGGUUCCCGUCACUGGGUGUUCGAGGAGGGGGUUCUGGCCCCCGGGUACCCCCGGGCUCUGUCGGAGCUGGGCCGGGGGGUCCCCACGGACCGAGUGGACGCGGCGCUGCUGUGGCUGCCCAGCGGCAACACCUACCUCUUCCGGGGGGACAAGUAUUACCGGUACAACGAGGCCCUGGGGGCCGUGGACCCCGACUACCCCAAGAGCAUCGAGGUCUGGGGGGUCCCCCCGGGCCCCCGCGGCGCCUUCAUGGGCCCCGACGACGCCUUCACCUACUUCUACAAGGGCUCCCUGUACUGGAAGUUCGACAACGAGCAGCUCCGGGUCCUUCCGGGAUACCCCAAAUCCGCCCUCCGCGAUUGGCUGGGCUGCCCACAGGGGGGCGGGGCCGACGGCGCCAGCCAAGCCCCGCCCCUCCCGCCCAACGGAGGAGGGGGCGGGGACACGGAGGUGAUCGUCAUCGCCGUGGGGGCGGGGCCGGGGGCGGUGGCCGCCCCUUUGGCCCUGCUGGGAUUGGCCGGGCUGGCGGGGGGCGUGGCCUUGGCCCUGCGGCGCCGGGGGGCCCCCAAGGGGCUGCUGCGCUGCCAGAGGUCGCU